AUGGGAUGUGUGUCAUCAAGAAUACCAGUUAUUAUUGGAGAAGGAUAUCAUUUGAAAGUGAAGAAGACUGUAGCAGUUGGCGGAUCAGCAAAGAUAAUGGAAGUGGAUCCAGGAGGAAACAAAGAAUCAAUGAUAGUCAAGAAAAUGGUUGCAUUCUCGAAGAGAGAAGAAGAAAGAAUUAAUCAAGAAAUUGAUCUAUACAAGAAACUUGCAAAUAAUGAAUUCGUCAUUGAUUUAGUUGCCCAUAUUGUAGAUGAUAUCAAUCAUUAUUUACUCUUUAAACGGUAUCCAACGAACUUCUCAGAGUAUCUAGAAACUGAAAAAACGAGAGACACAAUCAAUGAACUUCAGCAUCUUAAAUAUUUUUUUGGAAUCGUCUCAGCAAUAGAAGAACUUCAUAGUUUCGAGUUUGCACAUUUGGAUAUCAAACCAGCAAAUAUAAUGAAAUCUGGAGAAGAAAUCAAAAUGAUUGAUUUCGGUUCAGCCACAAAGUAG